AUGAAGGGGGCUUGGGUGGUGUUAGGAGAUUUCAACUGUGUGUUAGAAAGGGAGGAGAAAAUAGGGGGUCCUGUUAGAGAUCAUGAUAUGAUCCCUUUUAGAAGAUGUGUGACAAAAUGUGAGUUGGAGGAUAUGAGGUAUUCAGGUUGCUAUUAUACAUGGAAUAAUAAGCAAACUGAUGGUAGCAGAGUGUUUUGCAAAUUGGAUAGAGUGCUUUAUAAUGUGAGAUGGUGUGAAGAAUUUCCUACAGCUGAGACUAGAUUCCUGCCUGAAGGCCUCUUUGAUCAUUCUCCUAUGCUGUUGCAGACUCACCAAGUGCAAAGAAAGGGUGCAAGUCCAUUUAGAUUUUAUAAAAUGUGGUGUGAAGCUCCUGAAUUCCUGAGAAGAGUUAGAGAAGCUUGGAGCAGUACAGUGAAUGGAACUCCUAUGUUCUGUGUGAUGCAGAGAUUAAAAAGAGUUAAAGCUGAGAUGCAAGAGUUGAAUAAAGUGGGAUUCAAAGACAUACAAAUUGCUGAUUGCAAAGCCUAUGAACACUUAGUGGAGUGUCAGAAACAGCUACAUCAAAGGCAAAAUGGUGAAAUAUGUGCAAAAAAAAAAGAGGCAGCAAAUGAGUAUAGGAAAGUCCAUGCUCAUUACAUAUCCUUCCUACAACAAAAGUCAAAAUAUGACUGGAUAAAGAUGGGUGAUGAGAAUACUUCCUUGUUUCAUAGAGCAAUAUGGAAGAGAAGGACUCAAAAUGCAAUUUAUGGCAUACAUGACAUUAAUGGUACCUGGGUGGAAGGUGAAAAGGUUGCUGAAGCCUUUAUUGAAUAUUACAAAGGAUAA